AUGGCAGCCGUUCUAUCCCAGCAGCUCGAGGGAGUGCGACACCUGCUUCAACGAGUCGAUAUUCCAGGGGACGGCCACUUCCAGUAUCGUUCAAUAUCGGUCCAAGUUCGAGGGCGAGGAUACGGGUUUCAAGGCCACGUGCAGAUGCGCCAGCAGGUAAUCGAGCACGUCCGCACCCACCAAGCCUAUUUCUGCGACUUUUUCGCGGGGUCACGCCCGUCGGCACAGUUAUCCAGGUGGCUCUGGCGAGCAGAUCACGGCGCUUGGGGGGACAACGUUUCACUGCAAGCAGCUUGUCGGUUUCUGAGCCGACCUAUUGCCGUAUGGAGGCGCGACUCUGCUCAACAGCCGACAGUCUUGAUACCUCCCGGUUACGAUGAGUCCAACCCGGCAGACCCGGUGUACCUGGAGCUAGACGAGCGCAGCAGAGGCCAUGAACAUUAUUCCGCACUCCGGCUGGGCCCCGCAGGUCUCGCUUCCCGCAAGAGGUCGUACCGAGAUAACCCGGUCUUGCUUCAGAGGGAACGGGAGCGCAACAAUACCCGCAUGAAGACACAACGUGACGACCCAGUCUCGCUCCAGCGGGAACAGGAACGCAAUAAUGCCCGCAUGAAGACACAACGUGACGACCCAGUCUUGCUCCGGCGGGAACAGAAACGGAACAAUGCCCGCAUGAAGACACAACGUGACGACCCAGUCUUGCUCCAGCGGGAACAGGGGCGCGACGCUGCUCGCAAGAAGACACAGCGUGACGACCCAGUCCUUCUCCAGCGGGAACAGGAGCGCAACGCUGCCCGCAUGAAGACGCAACGUGACGACCCAGUCUUGCUCCAGCGGGAACAGGAGCGCGACGCUGCCCGCAAGCAGACAGAACGCGACCAGAAACGACGUGCUCUUCCUGACCCUGCAGACGCCCUGGCACUGCUGGACCGCCUCCACGAGGAAUCCGGCUAUCAGGUCUCCAGACACUCUCGGCGCCUCCGCGGCACGUCCGCGACCACGCCCCCCGCAGACCGGCUCGCGCAGCGGAUCGCUGACGACGUGCUUCAGUACUGCACUGUCACGGAGGACGACAAGCGCAGACUUGUCUCGUCCUAUGCCCACGUGAUGUCCCACGACGCUCUCCUGCCAGGCUGCGGGACUUGCGGGCGCCGGGAUCCCCAGCACCCCGCCGAAGAGACGUGCACGUUGGAGCCUCUUCCUGCAGACCACUGGAUACGAUAUUCCGACGCCGACAUGCAGACGUUGAACAGCAUGCCACAGGUGACGUUGGUGAACGAGGAUGGCGCCCAACGCGUCGUCGAAACGUCUUUGCUGAAGAGUCACUGGCAGGACCCUCGAGGCAAUGUCUUCCACGUCCACCCAGAGCUAGUAAACGACGAUGGCGACGGUCAGCACUUCGUGUUCUUGUGCCCUGUGUGCUCUAGAGCAGCCGUCCAAAAGAGCGCACCUCCACCACCUUUCACGAUAGCUGCUGGCGUCGACUUUGGCCUCCUCACUCGGCUUGGCAUGGAUGCCCCUUCCGACCUCGAGGCUCUCGCUCUGGCUGACGUUCGUGCGUACAGUCUCGUGGCCAAAGUUCACGCGCCGCGCAGCCGCGCGACACAGGCGUCCCGUGCCCUGCUCCGCGGCCACAUGAUCUCCUUCCUCCAAGACGGACCGGCUGUCUUGGGUAAGCACUUCGACGAAGCUAGGUUGGCUAAUCUCUUGGCCAACGUGCAGCUGGUGUUCGUGGGGCCCAACGGAAAGACAACGGACCUCGAGCGCCGGGCCCUGGCUGUACCUGCGCUGCAGAUGCGCCCGCACGUCCUCUACAACCACCUCGCUGUACGACAUGUCCUCGGGCACGUCUCCGACAUCAGCCUGCCGUCUGUCGAUGACCUGGGAAGCCUGCUCGCGUCCUUGCGAGCGCGGCUCGCUGCCAGGGCUCGGCACGUCGCCGACGACGCCGUUGAACAAGCCAGCAAACCGUCUGACGUAGCGAAUGUGAGAGACGUGGCAAUGCACGACGACAUCCAAGCCGUGCACCUCCCCGCGCCUUCCUCUGAAGAUCAGGGCCCGUCAGUCAGCCUUGAUCCCGUCGGCGUGCUGGCGCAAACUACAGAUCCCGUCACAGGCACCAUCCUCGACGGUCUCAUGGGCGUCCUACAAGGGGGAUCUGAUGGGCAGGGCGGCGACGCGCCCGAAUCCACCGUUUCUAGGCAGCCGUCGGGCGGGGGCGACGCCGGACUUGGGGACGGAACCGACGACAUCCUGCGGGAGCGCACGUGCGCGCGGGAGUUGCGGCCCAUGAACGAGUUCACAAAUAACGAUGAUAUCCUGUACGGCGCAUUCUGGUACCUGUUCCCUUUGCGUCAGGGGCUGCGUUCCAAAGGCUCUGUGAACUUCCACGAUUCUCGCCACCUGCUCACGCCGUUCCACAACGCUUUCGCGCAGCAGCCCAGCUUCCUUUUCUUGCUUGCCAAUCAGAUUCAGAGGCAUGCUGCCGCCAAGGGCGUCGGGCUGCGCGUCAAGACUGACCCAGAUAGUUUCCAGGCGUUCGCGAGCAUGAUGGCCGACAAGGACGCCUACAUGGAGCGCGUCCGGGCUGCUAAAGAGGACCCGACAAGCAAAGGCGCGAGAGAUCUCCUGAAGCAAGUCAUGCGUUUCACGGCAACCGCGGGCAAGGUUGUGCCGUGGAGCGGAGAAGAACGAGCUGGUGAGAUUACAAAGUUGUACGCCAUGUGGCGUCGGUUCGGCCCUGCCUCCGCAUUCCUCACUUGCGCUCCCGACGACGUCCACCAACCCAAGGUCAGGGGCCUCCGCGCCACGCGGCCGCCGGUCGCGGCGUCUCUCCGCCGGCGGCAGCGGGGGCUUUCUCCGCGGGGCAGUGGCGACGCGCAGGCCCGUGGGCUGGCUGCAGCGUCUCCGCGCUCUCGGCGAUCGGGCCGCCGCGUGCCGUCGGCGGAGAUCACCCGCGAUCUGGGCGCGCGGGCGCUAGCGCAGAGGCCCUUCUGCAAGGCCAUCCAGCUGAGCUACCGCGCUGGCCGGGCCGACGCAUUUCCCACUUGUCCAGCGACCCUACUUCCCGUCCUCCGCGGAGAUGCAAGCGAAGAGGCCGUCCAGAGAUUCUGCGAGGAUUCCCUGGCGUGCGCGCCAGAUGCCUCGCACGAGUUCGCUUUGGACGAAUCCUUCCUGCAGACGCUAGCUACCUUGAACCCAGUGGCCACCACCCUGGUGUACGAACAGAUGGCUGAGUCUAUAUUCACAGAGCUCGUCGGCCUGCCUCCCAACCAUCGGAGGAAGAAGACGGUUGACGCAGGGGGCGUUCCGAGAGGCUUCCUCGGCGCGCCUUUCGGCUGGAGCUUCGUGCACGAAACGAACCAGAGGAAGUCUUUCCACUUCCACGCCUCCGUCCACGCCGGCGCGUCCCCCGCGCUUUUGGCUGACGUGGCCGGUUUUCCAGCGUUGCAGGCAUUGGUGUGUCGGGCCUUGGACACCGUGUACCGCGCCUACGUCUCCCCGGAGAUCCACGCACUGGACCUCGCUCGUCGCCUCCUCCGCCAACCAGCCGCGAGGUUACCGUAUUUCCAGACGCGCAGCGUGGAGGGCGACGCAGAAAGCAUUUCCUUCGACAUCGGCGCUGCCAUCACGGCCGUCACGACUGGUUUACAUCAACACGCCAGCACGUGCCACAAAGGAGCAGCAGGGAAAGACGGGUGCCGAAUGGCCCGACCAGCAGGCCACCCAGUGCCGGAGACGCGCGUGCUGGCCGUCAAGUUAGUCGAUGACUCUACCGCGGACAUCCCCGACGCCGAUGGCGCCGUUGUCGAUCAGGGCGGCUGCGCGAACUGGGAGUGCGCCGAUUGCCGCGCAAAUUCUAAGUUCCAUGCUCGCCCUCCCGCGCAGCUGUCCGACAGCAACGCCAGUGCUUGUUUGUCCUAUGAGCUCUGCCGACCCCGCAUCACCGCUGACGGCGUCGCGUGCCGGACUCUGCGCCAAGUCCUCGGACUCGCUGAAGCAGACGUUGACGCCAUGGCUGCCUCGGAGGCGAUCAAAAUAGUGGCAAGCGUGCGCCGCGAGCUGGGCGACCUGCUCGCGCGUCGGGAAUUUCCUUCCACUCUCGGCGAUCGCAUGGCAGACUGUUCUGAGGAGGAGGCGUUCAAGCUUCUGCGAGCUUGGCGCGGCAUGACCUGCCGGAACGCUUGGCUGGUGGAGUGCUGCCCGGUCCUGUCUGGAUGCUUGGGCUGCAACGCGGCGCCGUUGCUCCUGGGCGCCGGGGAGUCCGCCAAGGCAGCGGGAAUGUACAUGUGCAAGUACAUGGUGAAAGACGCCUACGAGCUGGCGGCCUCCCUCUCCGUCCUCGCAGACGCCCGAGACCACAUUGACCGCUGCCCGUCCAGUGCAGUCGACGCUGACGCAGGCGACAGGGCCGCGAAACACUUCUUGCAACGCGUGCUCAACUCGGCCGCCACGGAGCUCGCCCCCACACAAGCGGCGGCUAUCGCUCUGGGUGCGUCUUCCAGUGGCCACUCGCACAGCUUCGUGAACGCCUACGUUUGGGACGCCGUGCACCUGCUGCUGGAGAUCCAGCGCGGCGGCUGCCUACUGUCGACAGCGUCAGCCUCGCCGGUCGCCGACGAGGCCCCUUCCGCAUGCGCGUCAUCCGGAGGCGGGGACCAAGGCGGACGCGCUGAAGGGGACGCCCCGGACAUGGUCGACGCGGCCGAGCAGCUGGACGCCCCUGUCCGGCAGGGCACGUGCAGCAUCUACAAGACUGUCGACGGGGAGUCCAUCGCUGUUUCCCAGGCGGAGCACUACGCACACCGAUCCUUGCAGCUUCUGCCCCUCAGCUUUGACGAGUUCGUCAUGUCUAUGCAGGUUGCCAAGAAGGCGCGCAGAGACCAACGAGACCAGAAACCAGGGAGGCGCCCGAACCCCACCUACGAACUCCUGGAGCCGCACCCCCUGGCAGGGCAGUACGAGAUCAAAGCCAAGGCAAAGUUUGACGUGCCCAUCUUUGUUGGGCAGCCGCCUCCCCGACUCCCGCCGCUGCUGAAAGACGCGAGGGGAGAGGCCACGGCUGCGCGGCAGCGCAAGGAGCGUUUGCACGCGGAGUACUUCACUGCCGUGUUUGCGCCUUGGCACGCAAGCACCGCCACAGGAGUCGACUGCACGCUCCACGGCUGGCAGGCCUUCCUGGCCGACGUCCAGAGUCGGAUUGCUCAGGGGCGUCUGUUCCGUAUCGAGCAGGUGGGGUAUGCACUCACCUCCAGCACAACUCAGGCGAAGGCCAUGAACGCAUGGCGGAGUCGUAACCGCACGUUGUGGAAGGAUGACCCCCUGGGCCCUGCUGCAGACGCGGCCGACGCCGGCCAGGGCGCGCCGUCCAAGAAGGCCGCGGAGGACAUCGCGGAUCUCAAGGCUCGCGCCGCUCGCAGGGCGGACAUUCGAGCCGUCAGUCGGGCCGCCCAGGCCGAGACUUGGGGCGAAGACAACUUCGCGUCUUUACGGCGGCUUUCGGCUGCAGCUUCCUCGAGCGCGACUUCGCCGACCUGGCAGGCAGACGCCCCGUCGCGGACGGGCCGCGUGAGCAUGAGGUUCCAGGAGAGUGGGGACAGGUUGGCUGCGGUGCUGCAGACGAUCGGCAAUCCCCGCUCAGUGGACGAGAUUUCCCAGAUGGCUUCACGGCGCGCCUCGGACCGCCCCGUCGUCGACGCCGACUCUGUUCCGCGGGUAUUCGCAGACGUCACCCAGCAGGAGUUUGCGACCGAGGUGGCCGAAUGGACGCGACAGUGCAGGCUCCUUACCGCAGGCGAAGCAAAGCCGCCUCCGCCUCUGAACCCCCCGCAGCGGCAGUUCGCCAGAGAUCACCUGGCCGUGCAGCAAUGCCUGGCGCGGGCGCGGGCGGCGAACACGUCGCGCUGCACUGCCGCGGACAUGUUGGAGGCGGCCGGCCUGUCGCAGAUACAUCUGCUUCAAGGGGCCGGCGGCGUGGGCAAAAGCGUGCUCCUCGGAGCUAUGAAGAGUGUCAUCGCGGAGCAGCAGCUGGGCGUCAUGGCUAUCACUGCGUGGACCGGGGUCGCGUCCGCGCCCUUCGGGUCACCGACGCUGUGCUCCCUCCUGAAGAUCGAUUUCACCCGCCUGUCGACCGCGACAUCUAUGACGGAUGACGCGAUACAGGCUCUUCGGGCGGAUUUCACUCAGGCUGUGUGCCGCCCCGAAGACUUGCUGGUCCUUGUCAUCGAUGAGUGCUCCUUCCUCGUCGCCGAGGCCCUCAGUCACGUCGACGUGCAGCUGCGACGUCUCGUGAACGAGCCAGACGCUCCUUUUGGCGGGAUUGCCGUGAUCCUCGUGGGCGACUUCUGGCAGAAGCCCCCGCCCGGCGGGAUCUCCAUGGCCGAGCAGCUCGCCGCGUCGGAGGUCCCCGAGUUGAUGCGCGGCCCCGCUCCGCUCGACCCGACCAGCUCGAAGGCCAAGGGCUUGGCGCUCUUCCGACAGGCCCUCGGAACUGGACCAACCCCACCGCCCCCGCCUGUCGCCGGGCUGGCAUUAAGCUUGAUAUUUCAUCGCCAGGCUCGCAGAACGGUCCUCAGUCAGCAGAUGCGAGCCGCCGACGACCCGACCUUUCAGAAGGAGUUGCUGCAGCUACGAGACACGAGCUGCCCGACGCCAGUCCCUUCGUCGUUGAUCAACCAUCUCCGGGAAGUUUCUCCCGAUGACGUGCGUUCCGAUCCAGCCUGGGCCUUCGCGACCAUUGCAGUGCUGUCCAACUACGAGCGGCAUCAGCUGAAUCGCCUGCAGGUGGAAGCCUUCGCGAAGGCCUUCCAGCUUCCUCUGAUCACUUGGAAGUGCCCCUUGACAGGGAAGGCUGCCGAGCUCCUCGACAGAUCCGACCUCGACGAGCUCUACGACAACGAGCCCGGGUUGUGGGGGUACUUCGUCAGGGGCGCUCCGGCCAUGCUCACCGAGAAUAUACAGCCCACGAAAUUCUUGGUGAAUGGGGCAUGCGGAUACAUGCACUCCCUUACGUUGCAGGGGGGCCUGGGGGAAGAUCUUGAUAUAGGCGAGCCCUGCCUCGAGUUUCGCAGGGUUGUGCUGGAGGAACCCCCGCUGUGCAUCAAUUUUCAACUCUCUCUUCCAGACGGCGACGAUGGCGCGGGGAUCGAGAGCCUCGUGGACGACGCCGUCGUGGUACCCAUUCUCUGCAGCAAGCAUCCGCAGGAGCAUGACAUGACGUCCCUGUUCUCCUGCGUCAAGGCCAUGCCCAAGAACGUCCGGUAUCGCGGCCACGCGAUCACGCUCGCCUUCGCCGUGACAGAUUACAAGCUGCAGGGGAAAACCAAGGACAACCUCAUCCUGAGCAUCGCGCCGCGGCCUUUUCCGCCACAUUUGGAUCUGAAGGGGUUCUACGUCGACGUCUCCCGCGUGCGCAAGCGCAGCGGCCUGCGGGUGCUGCGUCUGCCGCCGCAGAGGAUGGGCGGACUCAAGCACCUGUACAAGCUGCGCCACACGCGCGAACUGUCAGCCUGGAACGCAGCGCUGAAGAAGCCUGCCGUGAAACCGUCCAAGACCAGGAAGUCAGUCGUGAAGCGAUAG